UCAUAAAGCUUGCCGCUUUAAUCAAUGUGAAAGUAGAGGAAAAGGAACAUGUUUGUAACAAAACAGAUUGAAUCUGAACACAAAGAUUUAAUACACGAUGUUUCAUUUGACUUUUACGGUAAACGAAUGGCAACAUGCUCGAGCGAUCAAAGUGUGAAGGUUUGGGAUCUUGGAGAAGAUGGAGAAUGGAAAUGUACAGCAAGCUGGAAGACACACAGUGGUUCAGUCUUUAGGGUAACCUGGGCCCACCCAGAGUUUGGACAGGUGCUGGCCACCUGUUCCUUUGACAGACAGGCAGCAGUGUGGGAGGAAAACUUUGGGGAUGUAAGCAGGGAGGGGGUGAAGAGCAACUGGAUCAAAAAGAGCAUUUUGGUAGACAGUCGCACGGCAGUCACUGAUGUCAAAUUUGCUCCAAAACAUCUUGGGUUACAGUUGGCAAUUUGUUGCUCUGAUGGUAUGGUAAGAAUUUACGAAUGUCCAGAUGUAAUGAACAUAAGCCAAUGGUCUCUACAACACGACAUACAAACAAAGUUCAAAUGCAGUUGUCUUAGUUGGAAUUCUUCAAGGAUGCACCCUCCAAUGAUAGCGGUGGGGAGUGAUGAUAACAAUCCAUCUGGUGGAGGGAAAUGCCAGGUGUUCGAGUACAAUGACAGCACCAGGAAAUGGACCAAAGUGGAGACAAUAGUAGCUGUCACUGAUCCAGUACAUGAUGUGGCCUUUGCUCCAAACCUUGGUAGAUCGUAUCAUCUGUUGGCCAUAGCAUCUAAGGAACUAAAGAUUAUCAGUCUAACUCCACUUGGCAGAGAUUCUGUUAUUGGAAAUCAGGCAGUGGUCAGCAGGUUUGAAAUGAAGCAAGUGGCCAGUUUUCCAGACCAUGAAUCACCGGUAUGGCGAGUCAGCUGGAAUGUAACAGGGACGGUGCUAUCCUCCUCAGGGGAUGAUGGCUGUGUCAGGUUAUGGAAAGCAAACUAUCUUGGAAGGUGGAAAUGUAUAUCCAUAAUCAAAGGAGAUGCCUCUCAGAGUCGCUUUGACAGAAACUUAAGUGCCAACCCCUCACAGAUCCCCAUCGAUGGUGUAAGCCAGCAGAGCAAUGAAGACUUAAUGAGGAUGAAUAUAAAACGGAAUUCUGGAUGGCCAUCAUUUCACACGAAGAAGGACCAGGGAAAAACAUAUUACUGACCCUGAUCACCUGGGUAGGAAAUGGAAUACGUGCCUCAUCCAAAACAUUCUAGUCUUACUUACAAUAUAUCAUAUACGGUGAAUAUUGUCAGUGUGUGAACAUUCCAGUUUAAUGAUGUUUUAUAUUGUGGAGAAAAGAUUGCAGUGAUCUAAGCCUUCAGAGCUCUUGAAUGAACUGCAUAUUACCAUUGUUAAUUAAGUCAAAUGCUUUGCUUACUACUUAUAUACCUCUAUGGAAA